AUCAUGAAAAACAUCAAAGCAAGUACGUUUAUUCAAAUUUUUCCAGAAAAUUUCUAGGUGUUCCUUCUUCCUUCAUCUAUUUUCUUAAUCGUUGUAAAAAAGAAUUAGAAGAUUGACUAUGAAUUAAGGGGUUGCCACAGAGGUAUUGCGAGGUAUGUAUGUACGUUUCUGAGUUCAUCCCGACUGACGACUUCCAUUCUUUCCCAGAACCACCUGACACUUUCCUUGCAAUUUGAUUCAAUUUUGUCUUUCUUGCUCUACACUCCCACCUACAUAUAUAUAGUGGACAAAGAAAUCCAAAUGUUUGCUCUUUUCUUUUUCUGUUUCGGAAUGAGGAAGCAAAUUUACAAUACUCUUAGAUCUGAUAAAACCUUGAUGAUCAGCACUUUGAUUAUUCUAUCUAGGUUAAUCUCAUCAAGUCUUUUAUUCUAACAAGGAAGUUAUCAUUAUCGUUUAUUUUAUCAAUCUUUUUAGAUUAAUUGGAAGAAAAAUAUAUGAUAUGAAAAUUAUUCACUUGAAAGUAAUGACGUGAUACAAACCAUGUAGGAUGCUACCUAAUUUGGUAUUAAAUUUUUAUAAAAUUUUUUAGUGUAUGUAGCACCAAUCAUUUUCAAAUGUCUAAUGAAGUACAAAAAUACUUUAGAAAAAAAAAAAAUACAAUGCGUCUAUCUUGUGUUCACGCGGUUACACUAUCAACCAGAAAAGAGAGAUCUCUCGCAUUUCUCUUUACACAACUACUCCUCUGAAAUUGAGGCAAUCGAAAAUCAGAGCGGAUUGAAGCAGUUCACCCCAUAAAUCAAACUGAAAACCAGAAGCAGCUGAUUCGGAGCAAAGACGGCGUCGUUGGCAGAGGAAGAGAUGUACGGCGGCGGAGGAGACGAGGAUGAGAGCAUGGGGUUCGGGACGAUGAGGAUGAUGGUGACAAGUCCUACAGGGCAGUGGGGCCCGGAGGAGACGAGGGAGCUGAUCGCGAUCCGUGGGGAGCUGGAGAGGGACUCCUCUGUGGCCAAGCGCAGCAAGGCUCUGUGGGAAGCCGUCAGCUCUAGGAUGUCGGCCAGGGGCUUCAACCGAACUUCGGAACAGUGCAAAUGCAAGUGGAAGAACCUCCUCAUUCGAUACAAGGGGAAGGAGACGUCUGAUCCGGAGACGGGCAGGAAGUGUCCGUUCUUUGAAGAAUUGCAGGAGGUGUUUACUGAGAGAGAAAGGAAUAUGCAGAGACUGCUGCUUGAAUCCGAGGCGGGUGUUUCCCGGGCCAAGAAGAGGGUUAAGAAAGGGAGGUCAGGCAGAUCGUCGGACGAGUUAUCAGAAGACCCUGAUGAGGAUGAGGAUGAUGGCAAUGGAAAUGUUAAGAAGAGGAAGACUGAAAGAGUGGUAACGCCGAGAGUAAUGAAUGCUACUGCAAGUUUUGGCAGUGGGAGUGGUAGUGUGCCAGAAAUGCUCAAGGAGUUUUUGAAGCAGCAGCAGAGGAUGGAGAUUGAGUGGAGAGAAAUGAUGGAGAGACGAGCACGGGAACGACAGUUGUUUGAGCAGGAAUGGCGGCAGAGAAUGGUGAAAGUGGAGCGAGAGCGGUUAAUGGUUGAGAAAGCUUGGAGGGAGAGGGAAGAACAGAGGAGGAUGAGAGAUGAGAGCAGAGCUGAGAGGAGGGAUGCCCUUGUAACCAGCAUCUUGAACAAGCUUAUCGAUGAAACAAACUUCUGACUUUGUCGAGUAAGUGGAAUAUUUAUUUUGUUUUGGUGUACAAGUUUGAGAGUUCUUCUCACAUCCAUUGAAUAUCAGAUCACAGUCUUCCAUGGAUGCUAAGGUUUGCCAAAUUGCAUACUUGAUUUACAGCUCUAGGCAGAUAGUGUAGGGGCACUUUUUAUUUGCCUCGUCAUAUAGUGUAUAUGUUUUCUAUGAAGAGCAUAUAGUCUAUAUGUUGUUCUUCCAGAAAACUGUAUAAUUUCUGUUUCCUUUCUCAAUUUUAUUUGGGUUAUAAUGUUGCAUGGCUCUCUUAUGUGACAACAACCUUAAUUUGCUUCACUGCUUGCAACUACAAGUUAGGAACACAAACUAACUCCUGACUUUCGUGAGUAAGUGGUUGAUUUACUUUGUUUUGGUGUACAAGUUUGAGAGUCCUCCUCACAUACAUUGAAUACCAGAUACAUUCUUCCAUGGAUGCUAACAUUCUUCCAUUGAAUACCAGAUACAUUUUUUCCUUUUCUGAUUAAUAUUUGUAUUAUAGUGUUGCAUUGCUCUUGAUGCAAAUGGGGAUUGGAGAUUGAAUUUU